CUGAACAGAUAUGUUAGGCUUAGACAAUUGAGAAGGAACGAUUAGCGAAACAGACAAAGUACGAUUUCAACAAUCUAACAAUGAACGAGGAUUCGAAAGAAAGAAAUAUUUCGACCCUUUUGACUGAUGAAAAAGUUUGGUCAUGGAAAAAUACCAAAAUCGAUCUCCAAGCAAUGCACAUGGAUCCCUUAUACAGCAUUUCAUCGACUUCGGGGCUCCAGCUCAGAAAAACGUUCAAUUUCAAUCACGCGAUCGAUUACCUUGCAGCAACAACAAGUUUUGGCGGUGAGACAUUCAUAGCCGUCCAAAGCUUGUCCUCGAAAUCAAUCGUUCACAUCUGGAACACAGUUCAACACAAAAACUGCAAAGUGAAGCUGCAGUACCGAAUAAACAGCUUCAUAAUCGUGAACAGUUUGAUGAUCGGCGUGGCUCUGUGCGGAGAUGGUAAACUCCGAGUUUACACUAGCGUGCCUACUCUUGUAGAGGUGGCCGCAUUUGAACUCGUAAAACCUGCCACAUAUCCAGUUUACAAUCCCUUCAACAAAGACAUCCUCCUGGGCGGCAUCAGCGAGGUCAACGUGUGGUGUUUUAGAGAGGAGCGGAAGGGGGAGAAGAAGAAUCCGCUUUCCGAAGUGAUCAGAAUGAACUUGGAGCGGGGCCAAUCGUUUAACCCGAGUCUAGGUGAUCAGUGGGUGACGUGUAUUACAAUUAACGAGAAGUCCUCUCAGGUUGUUAUAGCAGCGGAGACACUGGUGUCGAUAGUAGACGCAAACACCUACAUAGUUAAGAACCUCAUCAGGACCGACACCUGCUCGACCAUCACCCAGUGCACCCUCUACAAUGCCAUGGACUACACCAUUACCGGUCAUCAAGAUGGUACAGUAAACAUUUGGAGCACAGCAACCCACCAAAAUUUCCACCGACUGAAGGCACAUCAGGCUAAGUUGACAGGGCUGGAGGUUCACACUGGGAUAGGACUGCUGAUUACGAUCAGUCUUGACAAGACCAUUAAAGUUAUCCGACUAAGUUCUAUGGAAGAGGUGUACAACAUCAUGACAGGGGACAGAAUGACAAACCUCCGUGUUUUGGACAGGAACAGCCUGGCUUACUGCACCAAAUACAGCGUCAAAGUUUGGAACCUCUACCAAGUGGACAGUCUCGUUAACAGACUAUUUUCUGAGGUGUACCGUAUGAAGAGAACGGGUGAAGGACAAAUGUUAGUGGAGACGGAAGAUGGAGGGUUGCGUCUACUUAAUGUUAAGGGUGGAGAUAUUGUCACAACUAUAUUCUCUAGUACCAACACGGCUAAUUUCAAUCUGAAGUACUCAGCUUACAGUAGCAGUCGCAACAUGACCUUCAUUUUAGAUCCAGAGGCAGGCCAUGUGGAGGGAUAUAAUUGUGAAACUCAUCCUGCUGAAUUGAAAACGUUGUUCAAAACAGAAGGACAAAAAGUCAACGCAAUAUGCGAGGCAUACCUUGGCAUACCCUACUGGCUGCCCACCGCUAAGCGCUCUAAAACCCGUACGGAGACAAUGUUAAGUCUGGUGCUGGUUGGAACAGCAGAGGGUCAGCUGAUUGUAACGGACGGGCCUGAUUGGUUACAUUUACCACAGCCUGUUAAUAUAGAGCGAGGCAUGGUGAAGGAUAUGGAGGCCUCUAGCGCGGGGGAAGGAAGUAAAAAGUGUACAGUAGCUAUCCUGACUGGAGAUAACCCUAGUUAUAUAUCCGUUUAUAUACUCUCUAUAUCUACAGACAACAAUCUGUCAGUCAACCUGCGGCACGUGUUGACCCUUACAAGCCCCAUCUCCCUGUUCCUCAUUACGGAUGUGUAUCUCAUGAUAUCCUUCAGUAAGCAGGUCUCCCUCGUCAAGUUCCCCAGUAUUUUGGAGAAAGACAGUCUACACAGCACAUUAAUGGAACCCACAACCUCAAUAUGCGAACCUUAUGUUGAGAUUUACAAGCAGUCCCCGUCAGACUCACACACUAAAAGUGUAACAGAUAUGGACGCUUUGUCAACACUGGAGGUAUUUGUCACUGUUGCCGCGGAGGACUACUUCAUGAAACUGUGGGACAACAAGAACGUCCUUCUAAGAGAAAUUCUGUUCAGCACCCCCGUGUACGGCGUAUGUUUUGCCACCGACUUCGGAGCCAUCUUCUGUUCCAACAACACAAACCUCACUGUGAUCCCCGUAUCAAAAUACCUUCCUCCGCAGUACAUCCAGCGACUCCUGAACCUUGAAGGGGAGUUUGACGGAACCGUGGAGAGCCUGAAAGCAGUUCCGUCAUCCUGCACGUGCGACGAGCCGGAGGAGGUUCCAGUGUCUCUAAACACUAGACGUAAGAGAAGAUGAGCCGGUUGGAGAGAGGAGAUGGGAGAUAUUCUAGGAGAAAGAGGGAUCCUCCAAGGGAUGAUGAUAGUUCUAGGGGAGGGAGGAGGAGAGGAGAGGACGGGAGGCGUGGUGCUGGAGGAGGUGGAGGAGGUGGUGCCAGCAGUGGUGGUAGUUCCCGGAGUAACAAGUCUAGUGAGAAGUCAACUCAAGACCAAAACAGGGAGAAUACCCCUACAGAAAAUACAGAUAAGUUGCAGAAAGCUGCACUUGAUGCCGUUGAGGAGGUUGCACUUACUGAGGAAACUGCGCUGGAAGUUGCUAAGUGUGAUAGGAAGUGGUCGGAGUUUUCAAUCAUAGACAAUUCCUUUCCAUGUGCCCCUGAUGGCUUCAUCCCUAACUCAGUAGCACGCAUCAUGUUCACCCACCUUUUAGAAUUUCAGCUUCUAUUCAAUAAGCACAGUAUCCUUCGUCCUCAACCUCCAGUUACAGAAGCCACAGACUCGUUUGCUAUCCUUUCAAUUCCCUCAAAGUUUAGCAUCCACCCGAUUGUGGAAGAGGAAAAAGAAUCUAUUAUGGAUAUCAUCGUUACACAAGAUUCGAAGACUGGCCUCGUUUCCCCAUCACCCCGAAUGGGGGACGGUUUCUCAGCAUUGUUCAUGUCAACGACCGGAAGCACGCCCUCAGAGACCACUAUGGCAUCUACUUCACCCAUCCCUUCCUCUCAUCUUAUUGAUGUUAUCAACAACUCCAAACAAUCAGUCAAAGAGAAACGCUCAACUUUUGCGGGGAUGGCGUUAAGUGAAGCACCGUCGUACUCUUAUUCGGAAAGAGUCCCACGAUCGAAUGCUGCUCCUAGUCAAAAAUCCAUUUCAUUUGAACAGAUAAGUGCACUUACUGUGGCAUCGUCUCUAACAGAGCUGUCUGAUGCUAACACCGAGGAGGCGGUUGAGUCUAUAAGCGAAGCCAAGUUAUCUGUACCAGCUAAGAAAAGAAAAAUGUCGAUCGCUAACAGGAAAAUGUCCAAGGUUAGAAAAUCAAUGAUCAGUAAACCCAAAAAGCGAAGAGAGUCCAGAUUUGAAGGAGACGGUUUAAAGAAAAAAGGCAUGAUUGCUGAAAGGAAGUCGAGAACUGAUGCGAUGAAAGCCAUUUCAUCAGUUGCGAAUUCCAAAUCGGGCGUAUUGUCUUCAGAGUCAGAGAAUAUAAUACUGAAACCCACUGUAACCAUCACUUCAUUGCCCGAGACGGAGAGCAAGGAACAAGUUGCACUUCCAUUUAAAGAACGCUUGAAAGAAAUAAAAACUAAGUCGGACCCAAAAGAACGGCUUGUUUCACUUUCGCGAUGGGUUGAUCGAAUAAAAACUGAAUCUGAACAUUUCCUUUUUAUCAAAAACCUUGACGAGUUCCUAAACGUGGAAAAUAAGCCUCAACUUAGUAUUGAGGAAGUUAAAACCACAGAGGAAGUAGCGUUGAAACUGUAUGAAUCAGGUAAAAUCGAUGCCACCCACUACACAGAGUUACUCAAAAGUCUCAUGGAAUGCAAAAUCAGUGACUUUCAAAAGUUCAACAUUCUGUCUUCCAUAAUUAAGGUCCAUAGGAAAAACAAAGAAUCUCAUGUAAAGAAUAGUCCGGAGACAAAAGAAGUACUCAUGGACAUCCUGCCAUUCUUGGUUCACGAGGACGACGAGAUCAAGGACAAGGCAUUCAAGGAACUGUCCGAAUAUGCAGACAUAAACACCAAAGAGGAGCUUAGAGAACUGUUGAUCGGGUUACAAAUAAUGGAUAGCUCGUCGGGCCCAGACGAUAUCGAAAUAGUAUCAGGUGGAAAGAUACUUAACAUUCAAUACUGGAGGAACAAAGUUGAAAAUCCAGAACCGAGCUUAUCCAGCAAGGUAUCUGAGGAGAUACAGAUAGUAUCAGAAUUCGAGAUACAAGUGAAUCCUUCAAAUGUUAGUAAACAGCAGCCUACCAAGAUUAGCAAGCACAACCUACAAAAUCAACGAAAAUCCUCCAAAUCAAGCUCAUCUCAAAAAAAGACAUCUCGAGAUCUCCUCCGACAGAACACACCGAAAACAACUCAAACUCCCCCGGGCUCCUUGGCUGAUAUCGCGGAGGACUACAAGAGCAAAUCAGGGAGCUUAUCUACAUUCGGUCAGGACUCCACAUUUGAUCUGGAUAUGAACAUGUCUGGUGGUUACCCUGAAUCCGAGGAAGAUGCUCUGGUCAGCAUUCCCUCUAUAGACAUAAAAAGGAGAAUCAUGAACUGCACAGGUGAAGAAGUGAAGGAGAGGGGUCAGAUGAUAGGUGAACUCAGGGACAGGGGUAAGCUUUACAACUCCACUAACGACCUCAUGUUGUGGUUCCAGAAGGAUGAUGACCAGUUUUAUGAUCCUAACCGCAGAAUGGUGGGGUCCCUCCUUCCUAACGGAGAUGUGUCCAUCCCAGAUAACAUGAACCUUGUUAUAGACCGUUAUGUGGUGAAGCAAGGGAUGGAUCUGGUUAGAAAUGUUGCUAACUGUGACAACCAGGGCAGGAUAAAGAACCAGAAAGGGGAGAAUCUGGGCACAUUGACCAAGGAAGGGGAGUUUAUCAGCAAAGAUGGGAUUUUGUUUACUUGCGAAGGGUUGUAUGCUGGGAAAAUGUGUCCGGAUGGGAACAGAAUGUACGUAAACGGAGAGAUAUUUAAUAAGCAGAAUGUGUAUUGGGGCCAUGUCGGUCCUGAUAAUACCAUGAUACACCUUUCUGGAAGAAUAUUCGACUCUUCAGGUAUAAACAUUGGUAAUAUCAUGGAGUACGGCGAGAGGCUUAGUACGUGCGUACAAAAGUUCGACGCCUACGAAACAAAGGCUGACAGUGGUGUAUCAAUAGACGAUGUGUACGUGAACAGAGAAGUAAGAGACGAGAAAGGAGAAGUAUUAGGGAAGUUUAAAAACAAAGAUACAAUAAUCACAACAUGUGGUGAUAUAUUCGAUAGGAGCGGGUCCUAUUUGGGUCAGCUCUUGGCUAACGGCCACAUCAUGAUGAAGGAGGAAGCAACCAAGCUGCCACUUGAUGGUAUCAGGUCGAGCCUAGCGACCCAGUGCAGGUCCAGGGGUAUGAUCGCUAAACCCUGCUCCAGGAAGAGCAGAGUAGACCGGCUGAGGGCCGCUGUUACUGAUUAUCAGGUGACCGAGGCUAACGAGAAGAGAGCUAGGGAGAUCGGGGAGGAGUGGGGGAAGCACAGGAGUCUACCCAGCGAGGAGAGCUUGAGAUCAGAUCUGGGUUACCAGAGCGAGGAUAAGUUAGUGUUUGAUAUCACUCAAUCUGUUCCACUGCUCCCCACGAUCAACCAGAUCAAGGGACAGCGUCUCGUUAAAACCAUCACCUUCUCCCGCUCUGUUUCCUCAUUUCAAAAUAAAAAUAUCCUCAUUGAACCAAUGCCAUCUACCCUCAACGCUCACACAACAAACUGCGAUGGCAACACUCAGUUCGGCAUGCUCAAAGUCGACUGGACAACCAGGUCUAUUGACGCUCCAACCGUAGAACAGACCAAACUACCCAAACUUCAACGACCCCCUCCACCUUCCGCUGCGGUUAAAACCAAACCGAUUGCUCUAGCCUCUAGCACAGUGCCACACUUACCCAAAAUAAGACGACACCCUGUAGUACCCCACACCAGGGUAGGAUCAGGUGAUUACCUGCUGAAGACACUUUCGUCUUAUCUGAAGAAGGAACUGAAGGAGGAGAUGAGCCUGAUUAGGGGUCCUGUUGUUAAAUCUACUCUUAAUUCGGGUGGGAGUCAUAUCGUGUGCAAUAACACGCCCAUACCUAGACGAGUCUGAAUGUAAAGAGUGGGGGACAGCAGUGUUUUCGUUUGUUGAUUGUUUUUGUUUUUAUGGAGUUAUUUGUCUUC